AUGGAUGCCAGCGAGCACAGCCCCGCUCCCGGGCCGCCCCAGCUGCAGCCCCGCCACCUGCGGCUCCCGCUCCGCGCCGCCGCCGCCUCCCGAAAAAAGAGGAGGGCAGCCACUGCCCGUCGGCAGCACCUGAAGAGUGCUAUGCUCCAGCUUGCUGUCACUGAAAUAGAAAAGGAAGCAGCUGCUAAAGAAGUGGAGAAGCAAAACUACCUGGCAGAACAUUGCCCUCCUCUGUCGCUCCCAGGAUCCAUGCAGGAACUGCAGGAGCUGUGCAAAAAGCUUCAUGCCAAGAUAGAGUCAGUGGAUGAGGAGAGGUAUGACACAGAGGUGAAGCUACAGAAGACUACAAAGGAGCUGGAAGACCUGAGCCAGAAGCUCUUUGACCUGCGUGGCAAGUUCAAGCGGCCGCCGCUGCGCAGGGUGCGCAUGUCGGCUGACGCCAUGCUGCGCGCCCUGCUGGGCUCCAAGCACAAGGUCUGCAUGGACCUCCGGGCCAACCUGAAGCAAGUGAAGAAGGAGGACACUGAGAAGGAGAAGGAUCUGCGUGAUGUCGGUGACUGGAGGAAGAACAUUGAGGAGAAGUCUGGCAUGGAGGGCAGAAAGAAGAUGUUUGAGGCUGGCGAGUCUUAAGCACCUGUGUCUCCACAGCUGUCCUCCUCUCCCAGCUGUCCCCACUGCCCUGCUGGGCUCAGGGGCACUGACUGGGUGCCCAUUUCUCGCUAGUUUUGCAAAGAGCUGCAUCGUGGCAGCAGUGAUGUAAAUAAAGCUUUGGUGGGA